AUGCGGCAGGACUAUGGUGUUGGGCGCAAACGAGGCCAGAAGGCUAUGCAGGAGAGUCGUCGGUCAGCGGUAGAGGCGGAGCUGUCUAAGGCGACACGGAGGAAAAGCAACGGCGACACGGGAGGUGAGAGAUUUGGCGACUGUGAGGAUGCGAAUGACGACGAGGAAAGAAUAGGAUGCAGCUACCCGCGGGCCAUGAGGAGUGGCUGCACCCAGAACCAGCACCAAAGCCAACCAAUUUAA